AUGAAGUCUGCAUCAGUUUUAUUAGUGAUAAUCGCUACUACCAUAGCUUUGCCCAUUGAAGAUGCAGAAUUGGAGAGGGUUAAGAAAUCUCCAACAUUCGGCCACCUGUCUGGUGAUCUACCACAAUUUCGUGGAUUGGAACACAACGCUGAUGAUCACAAGCGAUCUUAUUACGAGCCAGCAGUUGCAGUUCCAGGUGUCAGCGUAGCCGUACAUGGUGCUCCAGGCCUGUCUGGUGUCAUUACAAGCAGCAUUGGUAGCAGCUAUGGUGUUCCUGCCCUUCCAGCAGGCGGAAUAGCCAUCUCAGGUGGAUCAGCUCAUGGUUUAGCUGGUAUAGCUGCACCAGGUCCAGCCAUUGGAUUAUUCCCGAACGCGAGGGUAGGCGGUUGUAACGUUCCGUUGUUGUUAAGUUGCGCACCUAAUGUCGUCGCUGGCGUAUUAAGCGAGGCACAUGGCUAUUCGGCACCAGCAUAUAGAAACAACGAGGAUGAGUUGAUGCGUGACGCCGGCUGGGCUGAGCACAUGCCAGCAAAAACACACCACAAGGUUUCGGAAGACUUCCUAGAAUCACAUCACGGAAAGGGCCAUAUUGCUUCCAUAGACAAAUCCGAACAUGUGAUGACAAUGGAUUCGGUACACCAUAAAGAAAAUGAACACGCCUCAGACCACGUUGUAAAACACAAUUAGGUCUAAUGGGUUAUAAUAUGAAGAAAUCAUCACAUCACGCUAUUUAUUUAGGACUUUUUGUAUUUUUUUUGCAUAUUCUUAAUAAAGAUUUAUCAUUGAAAUAUGUAUGUUUUUCAUUCAAGAACUAUAUUUUGGGUUUAAUCCCAAUAGUGUCUUUUGUCUCCAUCACCACUGUUUCUUUCAACAGAUUAGUGAGUAAGCGAUCAAUAAUUUCUUACCCAUACUGGGUAUUUUACAAUGAGUAUUUUAUUUAAAAUUUCAAUGAGCUAAUAUUGGAGAUUUUCAUGCCCUUAAAAAAUUAUUUUAAAAACAUGAUAUUGGAACUAAAAAAUAAAAAAGUUGGAUUAUAUUUUGGAACUAAAUUCUCAAAAACUCUUAGAAUACAAAUAUUCCAAAUAAUACAAUUUGUUUGCUUUAUUUUUUAGUUCAAUUUUGGCAGUCGCGAUUUUUUUUUGUUGCUCAGUUAAUUAUGUAUGCAAGUUAAUUUUUUUUUAAAUGAACUCAUCAAGUCUUAAUUUUAUACAAAUAUUGCUAUAAAGCAAAUAAAUAUUUUCAUAUUUUUUACAUAUACCUAUUCGCCAUAUUGAACUUAUUUAUAAAUGUAUAAGCCAAUGUCAUUCGAGAUGAUGUAAAGAUUCUAUUCAUAUGCGAUAAGUUUUUGAAAAGUUGUGGUGGAAAUAAAAGCUCACAUACAUACAUAAUAUAGGCACAUUAUUCCUAAACACGAUACAAUCCGUUUUUGGGCAUUCCUGUAAAAAUAUCGUAAUCGGACAACUUUUUAGAUAGUAUAUCAAAGUUCCACUCUUUAAAUAUUAUAAUGAUAUACUACUAUUGUAAUGAUGAAACAAUACGCUGCAAAACUACUAGUCCGAUUAAAGAAAAU